AUGCUCAGCCCGCAAGUGGUUUCGUCGUUCGCGCUGAGAGGCCUUCUACUAGGUCUCUUUGCACUAUGCUGCACUACAGUGGGAUUCGUCGUGCACCGCCUGUUCUUCCAUCCACUGGCGAAGUAUCCUGGCCCUUGGCUAGCAAAGGUCAGCAAUCUCUACGCGGGCUACCACGCAUGGAAGGGUGACCUCCACCUGGACAUGUGGAAAUGUCACGAGAAGUACGGUGACUUUGUGAGAUACGGCCCUAACAGUCUCCUGGUGAACACGGCAACCGGUCUGCACGACAUCUACGGACAUGGAAAGAACUUCAGAAAGGCACAGCGAUACGCCGCCAUGGUGCACCGAGCCCCGAAUACCUUGACGGUGAUCGACAAGAAGAAGCAUGGCAAGAAGAGACGGGUCAUCAGCCAGGGUUUCUCCGACGCCGCGCUCAAGAACCAUGAAGUCGUGAUUAAUGAGCAAAUCCGUCAGCUUCUUGCGCAAUUGAAGACCGGUGAAGGUGGCAAGGCUGUUUCAGUUGGCUCAUGGUCCUCGCCCAAGAACAUGGGACGCUUCACGGACUACUUUGCGUUUGAUGUCAUGAGUAACAUUAUCUUUGGCGUGCCAUGGUCUACUCUCCGGACUCCCACAUAUCGCUUCGUGCCUGAAGUCAUUGAAAAAUCGAAUGUUCGUGUCGGUGUCCUGGCUCAGGCCCCCGAGGUCACCUUCAUGCGCCUUGACAAAUACCUCUUCCCUGAAGCCAUCAAGGCCCGCGAUAUCUUCAUCCGCUUUGUGGAGGAGAUGCUCAACCAGGGUAUCCAAGUCGCGGCCACGACAGGCAAGGGAGUCUUUGCGACUUUGGCCAAUGCUACAGAUCCCGAGACAGGACUGCCGUUGCGAAAGAGGGAAUUGGGCGGCGAGAGUGCGACCCUUAUUGUGGCCGGCACUGAUACUUCCUCUACUGCGCUGGCUGCGUGCUUCUUCUAUCUGUCGCACAACCGUUCAGCUCUUGAGCGAGCAACAGCUGAGGUUCGCAGUACCUUCCAGUCUCCGGAGGAUAUCCGGAUGGGUGUAGAAAUGAACCAAUGCGUCUUCCUGCGCGCCUGUAUUGAAGAGAGCAUGCGCAUGUCCCCCUCGGCAGCCAGCUCCCUCUGGCGCGAAGCCGAAGAAGCCGGAGCCACCGUUGAUGGUCACUACAUUCCUCCAGGUGUCGAUGCUGGAACAUGCAUCUACAGUAUCCAUCACAACCCGGCUUACUAUCCUCAGCCCUUCACCUUCCGUCCGGAGCGCUGGAUUGCCAGUGAAUGUCAUACCGUCAAGGGUGACGUGAGCCUGGCUCGUUCCGCGUUCAAUCCCUUCUCUAUCGGACCCCGCAGCUGCAUUGGAAAGAGUCUGGCGUAUGUUGAACUUCAUCUUGCUCUAGCAAAUGUGCUUUGGGCUUUCGACCUCCGUCUGGCCUCGGGGGAUCUGGGGAAGACGGGCGAGGGCGUUGAGAAUGCCGAGUAUGGUCGUCACCGGGUGAAUGAGUACCAACUCUACGAUCACUUGACGGCUGCGAAGCAUGGGCCAUACAUAGAAUUCAGUCCCCGAGUGUAA